CAGAGGCUGCUGGGCAUGCUCAGUGGGCAGGACCCGUUAGAGUGGCGAGUAAGGAAGCGUUGGCUCUUCUCCGGGUCUGCCUUCCCCGGUUCAGGCCCCGGCCCUGGGCUUUUGUGUGUGCGGAGCUGCAGCCGCCGCUGCCUCCCCGCGGGGCCGCCCGACCCCAGAUGCCGUGUGGCCUGUCCGGUGUCCGCCGUUAACCUCGCCGCGCGGCCGGAGGAGGAGCGGGGCGGGGCGGGGCCGGCGGGCCGGCAGCCGGGCGGGCAGGAGGGCCCCGCCGGGGGUGGGGGCGGCACAGGCACCAAGAUGUCCAACCGAGUGGUCUGCCGGGAAGCCAGUCACGCCGGGAGCUGGUACACAGCCUCAGGACCGCAACUGAAUGCACAGCUAGAAGGUUGGCUUUCACAAGUACAGUCCACAAAAAGACCUGCUAGAGCCAUUAUUGCACCCCAUGCAGGGUAUACGUACUGUGGGUCUUGUGCUGCUCAUGCUUACAAACAAGUGGAUCCAUCUAUUACCCGGAGAAUUUUCAUCCUUGGGCCUUCUCAUCAUGUGCCCCUUUCUCGAUGUGCACUUUCCAGUGUGGAUAUAUAUAGGACACCUCUGUAUGACCUUCGUAUUGACCAAAAGAUUUACGGAGAACUGUGGAAGACAGGAAUGUUUGAACGAAUGUCUCUGCAGACAGAUGAAGAUGAACACAGUAUUGAAAUGCAUUUGCCUUAUACAGCUAAAGCCAUGGAAAGCCAUAAGGAUGAGUUUACCAUUAUUCCUGUAUUGGUUGGAGCUCUGAGUGAGUCAAAAGAACAGGAAUUCGGAAAACUCUUCAGUAAAUAUCUAGCGGAUCCUAGUAAUCUCUUUGUGGUUUCUUCUGAUUUCUGCCAUUGGGGUCAAAGGUUCCGUUACAGUUACUAUGAUGAAUCCCAGGGGGAGAUUUAUAGAUCCAUUGAACAUCUAGAUAAAAUGGGUAUGAGUAUUAUAGAACAAUUAGACCCUGUAUCUUUUAGCAAUUACUUGAAGAAAUACCAUAAUACUAUAUGUGGAAGACAUCCCAUUGGGGUGUUAUUAAAUGCUAUCACAGAGCUGCAGAAGAAUGGAAUGAAUAUGAGCUUUUCCUUUUUGAAUUAUGCCCAGUCAAGCCAGUGUCGAAACUGGCAAGACAGUUCAGUGAGUUAUGCAGCUGGAGCACUCACGGUUCACUGAAGCUCUGAAUCCUCAGGGAUGCCACCUGCACAUACUCAUACUCUGUCCAGGGUCCCAGCCUAACCCUUACCAAGAUACUGGUCCUGGUUUGGGGGGAUUCUGAAACCUCAAACUAAUAGAACUUUCUUCUCUUCUUUUCUAGUAGGUGUAGUCCUUCCUUAAUUUCAACUCAUUAAAAAAAUGCUUUAUAGUUUAGAGCAGUGGAAGGAAGGCUGGCAUCAAAAUAUUUUGAUCAAAAAAAAAAAAAAAGGCAAUGUAAAGGCACAGUUGUGGCAGUCAGUUUUUUGAAAGUAACUUGUAAAGCAUUUACCAUAUCCUAAAUUUGCACUCUUUGCAGACUUGUGCACAUAUACUCCGCUUUCAGAAUAGUUUUGCAAAUUGUACACAAACAAACAAAAAGGGUGGAAGCUUUUUAAUAAAGAAAUUGCAUUUAUAAAUGAUCUGUAUUAGAAUAUAAAAAUCUCCAGUUAUAGUCAAUUACUACCCGUGUUGUACAACAGAUACCUUCUAUUUUAGUUGCUAAUAAAGGGCUACACAACUCAAAA